AGAGAGAGAGAGAGAGAGAGGCGCGGAGCUCAACAUCAUCAGUCGCAAUAACGGUUUAAUCAUUCCUCACCGUGGACGACUGACACCAACCUCAGCAUCUUAAACGCUUUAUUAGAGACAAGAAAAGAAACACGCAUUAAGAAAACGACACUUUUCCUGUGGUGCUGGUGAUUUUUGGUGGAUUUUAAGUGUGAAGCGGUGAAGUCCACCCGGCGGCUCAACACCUUCCGUCACACCGCAGGACAAACUUCACCGGACCAUGAAGUACAGCUACUGGAAUCUUUGAAUUGAGCGGAGGAAGUCGAGAGAAGAAAGCCCGGUUUGAAGAAAAAGCGAGCCAAAACAGAGGGACAAAAGAAUAAAGUUCAUUAGAGCAAGAGAGAAACGAAAAGACGGGGACAAUGGGGAGGAAAAAGAUUCAGAUCACACGGAUUAUGGAUGAACGUAACAGACAGGUGACGUUUACAAAGAGAAAGUUUGGCCUGAUGAAGAAAGCCUAUGAGCUGAGCGUGUUGUGUGACUGUGAGAUUGCCCUCAUCAUCUUCAACAGUACUAACAAGCUGUUCCAGUAUGCCAGCACAGAUAUGGACAAAGUGUUGCUCAAAUACACUGAGUACAACGAGCCACAUGAGAGCAGGACCAACUCUGACAUUGUUGAGACCCUGAGAAAGAAGGGUCUAAAUGGCUGUGACAGCCCAGACCCCGACGCAGACGACUCGGUGGGCCACAGCCCAGAGUCAGAGGACAAGUACCGUAAAAUCAACGACGACAUUGAUCUGCACAUGAUCAGCAGACAGAGGAUAUGUGCGUUGAGCAAGAGGGAGAACAAAGGUGGCGAGAGCCUGGAGCUCGAGUCUGCUCUCGCUCUCACUCCGUGCACGGAGGAGAAAUACAAACAGAUUAACGAAGAGUUUGAUCUAAUGAUCAAGACUCAGAAGAUCCCUGCUGUGCCCUCUUCCACCUAUGAGAUGCCCAUCCCCGUGAAUAACCAGAUAUACCCAGGCAAUCAUAACCUGCUUCCACUGGCCCACCACGGCCUGCAGAGAAACAGCAUGUCACCUGGGGUCACACACAGACCACCUAGUGCAGGUGGUCUGAUGGGCACUGAUCUCUCCACUGGCGCGGGCACCAGUGCUGGAAAUGGCUAUGGAAACCAUCGUAACUCUCCAGGACUUCUGGUGUCCUCCGGAGGCAUGAACAAGAGCAUGCAGGCCAAGUCCCCUCCACCAGUGAACCUGGGGAUGAACAGCCGUAAACCUGACCUACGAGUUCUCAUCCCACCCGGGGCCAAGAACAACAUGCCCUCUAUUAAUCAGAGAAUAAACAACUCUCAGUCCGCGCAGUCACUGGCGACCCCCGUGGUUUCUGUAGCGACACCUACUCUACCGGGACAGGGAAUGGGCGGCUACCCAUCAGCCAUUUCCACCUCAUAUGGUACUGAAUAUUCCCUGAGCAGUGCGGAUCUCUCCUCGAUAUCUGGCUUUAACAGUGCCAACACUCUGCAUCUGGGCUCAAUGAGCGGAUGGCAGCAGCAUCAGAUCCAGAACAUGCAGCACUCUGCUCUCAGUCAGCUGGGAAAUUGCUCUAGCUCUCACUUAUGUCAGGGUUCAAAUCUCUCCCUGCCCUCUACUCAAAGCCUGCACAUCAAGUCCGAACCUGUUUCUCCUCCUAGAGAUCGAUCCAGCAGCACCACGCCCGCCGGCUACGGCCCGCCACUGUCCCACCAGCAGCACCAGGGCCUGCCCCCACAGGGGCGACAGGACUCGGGCCGCUCCCCGGCCGACAGCCUCAGCAGCUGCGGCAGCUCGCAUGAAGGCAGCGACCGCGACGACCACCGUCCCGACUUCCAUACGCCAUUAGGAUUGGGCCGGCCCGGACUGGAUGAGCAAGACAGCCCAUCCAUCAAGCGUGUCCGCCUCUCGGAGGGGUGGGCCACAUGAUAAGCCAUGCCCCCCUUGGACUGCCCCAUCCUCGAUCUUGACCUCCCCAUGCGAAGCAGCUCACACGCUAAUCAUUGCUCUCCCUUAUCCUCUGAUUUGCUGUAGAGAGGGGAGGAAGUGCUCUCGAAAUUACCUGUAUUUUUAUUAUUAUUAUUAUUAUUAUUUCAACAGAUUAUGUCUAAUAUACAUAUUGUUGUGAUUGAUGGGUUUUCAGGGAGGGAAGCGGCAAGGAGGACUGAUACACCAGGGUUGGGGAGGGUUUAGUGGGUGGGGUUACUAUGCAUAAUAUGUGCAGUUUGUGGAAUACAAUGUAAAGAAUUACCAUAUAUGCAUAUAUAUUUACACGUUGUGUAGGUGUACAUGUAUGCAGAGUAACAAACCAACAAAAUGUGUCAGGUACUCUCGGAUCUUCUUCUUUUUUUUUUUUUUUUUUUGCAAAGUACAUGCCUCAGUGAUGUUCAGCCACAAGAGGAGCACAGCAGAGAGCGUAUCGCGGAGGUGACAGCUUAGCACUUGAGUCGUUGUCCCUGUACAAUAUGUACAGAUACCUUUUUUUAGAGCCACUCUCUUCAGGAGGGCCUCUUCGCUAAAUGUAUGUUAUGGGUGACAAUGUCAUGUUGCAGGUUCAACGUAUUGUACAUAGAGAAAAGGCUGGGACACGGGGGAACGGUCAAGGUUGCUGAUUUCACACAAACAUAACUGUUAUGCAAGAAUUUCGAAGGAUUGUACAGAUAUAUGUGCAGGUUCUUUGGUUAAGUUAUGGGGGAGUGGGUAUUUCAGAAAAAAAGUAUAAACAAAAAACUCUCCUGCUGAUGAAAGAAGAUAGUAGGACGGGGAUGAAGGACUUUAAAUUAAGAGCCAUGUUACUUCAGUCUGAUGACAUUUUAACCUAGGAUUUGCAGUUGUUGUUCAGUAUUAAAAUAAGAAAAAGAGAAAAAAAAAGUAUGAUACACUUGCUUAUAUUUUCAUAUCAAAAAGGAAUACAAUGCAAAGCAUUUUUGUGGCUUUUUGUAGUUUAUAAGAGCCAGAAUGUGUUUUGAUAGCUUUGCCUAUAUGAGAAAUGAAAAAGGAUGAGAAACCUUGGGCUUUUCAAACCGUAAGCCACGAAAACUAAGACAGUGAACCCUUGCUUUGCUCAGUGUUUUUCUCUCUCUCUCUCUUUCUUUGUAGAAGUUCUGUUUUUAAAUGUGUAUUUCUAAGUAUAUUGAAUAUUAAUAUUAAGAAACUUUUUUUUAAAAAAAAAUCUGUGAAAUUAACAUGCUUGUGUAUAGCUUUCUAAUAUAUGAAUAUAUAUGAUAAAAAAAAUAUUGUCAUAAUGUUUUCCCCAUUGCGGGGAUGUGCAGUUGCAUACGUUUAAUCGUCUUUUCUUUCCCCUUCUUUUUUUUUCCCUUCACCGGACUGAGUCUUUCAGGGGCAAAUGCAUUCAGAAUGAUGCUUUUAAAUUUAAGUUGCACUCAUAAACAUGCCCCCCUUUCCCCUUUUUAAUAAGCACAAGGUAUCCACUCUGGUCUGGAAUAUUCACAACAUUUUCCAGUCUCACAUUAAUUGACAUUGCACUGAAGAUUUUCUAAUAUACGACAGCACAGUCAUAGAUACCUCAUGACUGCUUGUGUAAGCUUGUAUCAUCAGUUAGUGGAUUGUGACUAGUUUUGUUCAGUUGAUAUACAUAUCUAUCAUUGUGCAUUCUGUGAUUUUGACAGGACAUGUGUUAGUCUGUUUUUUCUACCAAAGACAAGUGAUGUUAUGUUUGCCGAUCCAUUAUCCUUUCUGGUGUUUCUUCACAAGUUGUUCAUAGUGGCUGGUACCUCUGACUCACCCUCCCAGUGCCUCAGAUUACCUUUCAAACGAGUUGGUCUUGUUGAGAAUUGGGAACAUUCUCCUCUAACUAACAAGUGUACGGUAUUGUGAAAACGCCAUUGUUUGUUAUAUAGAUUUCAACUGUCCAUAUAUGGCUCCGGUUAAUUUUAUUUCCUUUUUUUAAUAGAAUUUUUUUUUUUUUUUUGGUUGACCUUUUUGUUUUUUCCUCUCUCUAUCUCUCUCUUUCUCUUGUUGUUUCCAUUAAGUAUAUAAUUAACAAAAUAAAAAUGAAAAAAAAAAUUGCUGAAAAAUUCUGUAGUAACAAAUGUAGCUUGUAUAAACCUACAGCUAACCAGAAGAAAGAGGCUUUCAGCGGCACAAGCUGGACUUUGUCGCCACUUGAAGACAAGAUGUCAUUAAAUUAAACCACAUCUCUGUAUCUCAAGGGACUUGAUUCAGCUGUAAUGUAGUAAAAAUUAAUGUAUGGAAUAAAAAUUGUUUCUCCUGCUGGGACUAAAAAAAAGGUAUUUGUAUUUUGCAGAGAAUUCAGUAAACUUACUGGCUUUCUUAGUUA